AUGUCUAAAGAAAGUUAUACCGAGGCAAGUGGAAUAGAGAAGACUAUUGCUGAGUCUGCCGAUGCUAGAAACGAUGGGGACGCAACUUUGGAGCGUCAGGAGGGAAAAGUUUUGCCUGAACAAGAUAUUGGUGAUGUAGUUGAAGAAGAGGAUGAUGAUGGGGAGACACGUUGUAUAUGUAAUGAGAUCGAUCCUCCCGAUGAAUCAGGUCUUUAUAUUCAAUGUGAGACUUGUGGGGUUUGGCAACAUGGUUUCUGUGUUGGUAUUAAUGAAGGUGAGGAUUCUACGUUGGACAAAUAUUGGUGUGAACAAUGUAAACCGGAAUUACAUGAUGUGUACACGGUUCCUAAUGGAGAUUCAAUGAGAUCACAUUAUUUACCGAUACAGAACAAAAGAAAUAAAAACGACAGGAAAAAGAGGAGUGAACGAACUAGAAGUAAUAGAGAAGAAAAUGAUUCAAAGCGAAACGACGAGGAAGCAGCAUCGAAUAGUAGCACUAGGUCUAGAUCAGCAAAUUCAUCUACUAUCAGAGAACACAGGAAUCAAGAAUAUGAAGCUAAGAUUGAAGAUGAUCCUAGUACCAACCAGGACGAUGAUACCAGAAAUGACAAUAUACAGGACCCACCAGAGGAUAAUCAAGAUGAACAAGAUUAUGAAAUAUCAAAACGCGAUAAAUCAGCUAAUGGUGAUGAAAAUGACAUUAAAGAUGAAGAGGACGGUGACAAUUCUACUAAUGAUAACUCCAGAAGAUCUCAGAAUAGAAAGAGAGCAACAUUAUCUGCAAGGGAGGAAAAACAAUAUCAGCUAAUGUUAGAGAAGGCCAUCAAUGAAAGUAGAAGAACUUCAAAUCCGGAAAAACAGGAUAAUGAGAUUGAUUUUGAUACAAAGGAUAAAGAUAAUGGUGACGUAGAAAAUCAAUAUUCAGAAUCAAAUAGUACUACAACUUUGAAAGUUAGUGAUAAUAACUUUGGUGCAAACCAAGUUGGGUUGGAGGAAACUCCAUCGUCUCUUGAAGGAUUGGAAAAUAAAACAUUAGAAACAGAACUUGAGUCAGAAAGGCAAUACAGAAGGAGAACUAACAAUAGAUCGGAUAUAGUAUCCUCUGAUGAUACAGAAGGAACUCCAAAUUUAACCGACUCUUCUAUCAGAUCAUUAGGAUCAACCGGGAAAAGAAGUUCUGGAAGAAAAUCGCAGAAGGUAAUAAAAAGAGCUGGUAGAAAAAGUAUAAAAUCUGCAAUAACAAAUGCUGCCUCUACUAAUAAUAGAUUUGAACCAGAUGUAAACAAACCAGUAAAACCAAGAUUACCACCGCAAAGAACUUCAAUGAAGGAGAUGAAGAGAAGAGUUGCUGCCAUACUAGAGUUUAUAUCAAGAACCCAAUGGGAAUUAAAUGAAGAACAAGAAUCAAAGGAAGAUUUAGUCAGGUUUGUGGAGAAUCAGCAGUUUAUACAACAAGUUGAAUCCAUUUACGAGACGUCAAAUAAAAAUCUAAAGUUGAUGGAUGAAUUGACCAGGGAUCUUUUACUUUGGGGGGAUAAAUAUAAUAGUUAUUCUUCAAAUAGUAAUGAAUAA